GCUGUCACUAUCCUGCCAGUGGGUCAUGGAGGAGCAAGAUGGCACCUGCGGCUCCAGCUGGGAGACCCCACAGGACAAAAGCAGCCCGGAGUCCCCUUGGUCAUGGAUUCCAAUAAUGAGAGACCCUGGAUGGAUUCGAAAUGUAUGGUCUUCAAACAUUAAUGCGCAGACCAUGAACUACGUGGGGCAGCUCGCGGGCCAGGUUUUCGUCACCGUGAAGGAGCUCUACAAGGGCCUGAACCCCGCCACGCUCUCGGGAUGCAUCGACAUCAUCGUCGUCCGCCAGCCCAAUGGGAGCCUCCAGUGCUCGCCGUUCCACGUGCGCUUCGGGAAGAUGGGGGUGCUGCGCUCCCGGGAGAAGGUGGUUGACAUUGAAAUCAACGGGGAGUCUGUGGAUUUGCACAUGAAACUGGGAGAUAACGGAGAAGCCUUUUUUGUUCAGGAGACUGAUAACGACCAGGAGGUGAUCCCCAUGCACCUGGCCACCUCCCCCAUCCUAUCGGAAGGAGCCUCUCUGAUGGAGUGCCAGCUGAAAAGGAACUCCAUGGACAGGACGAGGGGCCUGGACCCCAGCUUGUCAGCCCAGGACCUGCCGCCCAGUGACACCCCUCCCGGGGGCUCGUUGGUGAAGAAGAGAAGAAAACGGCGGAGAAAGUCGCAGCUGGAUAGCCUGAAGAGAGAAGACAGUAUGGAUGUGUCGGAAGAUGAGGACAUGUUUCCCAUAGAGAUGAGCUCCGACGAGGGCCCCGAGCCGGUGGGCACUGUGAGAAUCCUUUCUAACGAUAAACCUCCAUUCCAAGAUGAUGCUUCUGAGAAAGACCGUUCCCCAGGCCCGACAUACCCUCAGUCGGCGUCUUACCCUAAUUCCGAUAGAGAGUGGACCCCGAGUACAAGUAGUCCGAUAGACUGUAAAAGGACGUCCCCAUCUCACCUGGCAGUGGCGGACGAGAGUGGACUCUCCAGUUCUUGCCCUCCACAGUGCUCUCGGUUCCUUCCUCCAGAAAGUCCUUCAGGUUCCCGACCCUCCACACCUAAAAGUGAUUCCGAAUUGGUCAGUAAAUCCGUGGACAGACCCACGCAGAAGAAUACUCUGGAAAUGCUCUGGCUAUGGGGGGAAUUGCCACAAGCUGCAAAGUCCUCUCCCCACAAAGCCAAGGACUCCAGCCCGCAGAGCAGCAGGAAGGUGUGUGACAAGCUGCAUUUCCACGCCAUCCGCAGCAGCGAGCCUUCCGAGGCCUUCAGUGACCAGCCUCCCGCGCAGGCCCAGGGGCCUUCCCUGCCGCCCCCGUCCCCGCCGCCCCCAUCCUUCGAGGAGAGCAAGCCUCCCCAGGACGUGCAGUUUGUGAACGAAGAGGAGCCCGAGGCCAUGGGGGCCGCCGCAGCCCCCUCACCCACCUUGGAGGAAGCCAAGAUGCUCCCUGCCAGUGUGACCCCCGGGGCAGCUGUGGUGGCGGCGGUGGCCGCCAGCAAGACAGACUCGCCAUCUCGGAAGAAAGACAAACGGAGCCGGCACCUGGGUGCUGAUGGUGUCUACCUGGAUGAUCUCACCGACAUGGACCCGGAAGUGGCCGCACUCUACUUUCCCAAAAACGGGGACCCCUCCGUGCCGAAGCAGGCCAGCGACAACGGAGCCCGGUCGGCCAACCAGUCCCCGCAGUCCGUGGGCAGCUCGGGCGUGGACAGCGGCGUGGAGAGCACGUCGGACGGCCUGCGGGACUUGCCGUCCAUCGCCAUCUCCCUCUGCGGGGGUCUCAUCGACCACCGGGAGAUCACCAAAGACGUGUUUCUGGAGCAGGCCGUGUCAUAUCAACAGUUUGUGGACAACCCGGCGCUCAUCGAUGACCCCAAUCUGGUGGUGAAGAUCGGAAAUAAGUACUACAACUGGAACACGGCGGCGCCCCUGCUGCUGGCUAUGCAGGCCUUCCAGAAGCCUCUGCCAAAGGCCACUGUGGAAUCUAUCAUGAGGGAUAAGAUGCCCAAAAAGGGAGGAAGAUGGUGGUUUUCAUGGAGGGGAAGAAACACGACAGUCAAAGAGGAGAGUAACCCUGAGCAGGGUCUGAGCGGGAAGAGCCGCAGUACUGGGGAGCAGCCCUCGCAGCUCGGCUUGGCCACCAGAAUCAAGCAUGAAUCAUCCUCCAGUGAUGAAGAGCACGCAGCUGCCAAGCCACCCAGCGCCGGCCACCUCCCCCUCGUGUCCAAUGUCGGCUACAAAAAGACCCUCCGGCUCACUUCAGAGCAGCUGAAAAGCUUGAAGCUGAAGAACGGCCCGAACUCUGUGAUCUUCAGCGUCACCACGCAGUACCAGGGCACAUGUCGCUGUGAGGGCACCAUCUACCUGUGGAACUGGGAUGAUAAAGUUGUCAUCUCAGACAUCGAUGGCACCAUCACCAGAUCAGAUACUCUUGGCCACAUUUUGCCCACCCUCGGGAAGGAUUGGACCCACCAGGGCAUUGCCAAGCUGUACCAUAAAGUAAGCCAAAAUGGAUACAAGUUUCUCUACUGUUCAGCACGUGCAAUCGGGAUGGCAGACAUGACGAGGGGCUAUUUGCACUGGGUCAACGAGAGGGGCACGGUGCUGCCCCAAGGGCCCCUGCUGCUAAGCCCCAGCAGCCUCUUCUCUGCCUUGCACAGAGAAGUGAUUGAAAAGAAGCCAGAGAAGUUUAAAGUCCAGUGUUUGACAGACAUCAAAAACCUGUUUUUCCCCAAUACAGAGCCCUUUUAUGCUGCUUUUGGAAACCGGCCGGCUGAUGUAUAUUCAUAUAAGCAAGUAGGAGUGUCUUUGAACAGAAUCUUCACCGUCAACCCCAAAGGAGAACUUGUACAGGAACAUGCAAAGACCAACAUUUCCUCCUAUGUGAGACUCUGUGAAGUGGUUGACCACGUAUUCCCGCUGCUGAAGAGAAGCCAUUCUUCCGACUUUCCCUGCUCAGAUACUUUCAGUAACUUCACCUUUUGGAGAGACCCACUGCCACCCUUUGAAAACCAAGAUGUCCAUUCGGCCUCUGCAUAAGUUGCACCAGGCAGCCUCCCUGGUGUCGUCUGCAGCCUAGCAGCCCCAUUAAAGGAUAGGUUUUGGGAGCCGCAGUGCGGGCGCUCUGCAGCUUGCCGGACAGUCAUUUGCUUGUGAGCUGGGAGAACUGAGCAGCAUUUUCCAGCCCCCUCUGUCCUAGAGUGGGUUGACCCUGUGAAGGGGUAAUUGAAGAGUGCACUUUAUAGCCUUGGAGCCGGGUGUAGGCACAGCAUGGAAAGCCUACCUUCAUGGCCACUUGGUCUUCCCCCUGGCCUCUGUUCCUGGGGUCUUGGGAAUAGGGCCACGAAUGUUCAAGAUACCUGAGCAGAGGAGGCUGCCCUGAGUCUCCACUGUCCACAGCAUUCAUUCACUGACUCUGGGCUGAAGGGUUACGGGAGCUCAUUUCCAUUGACCCGGUAUAGGCACCUGCAGAGUGGAGGCCUGUGCUGGUGUGUGUGUGUGUGUGUGUGUGUGUGUGUGUGUGUGUGUGUGUGUGUGUGUAUGCGCGUGCUGAAGGGAAUGGGAGCUCAUUUCCAUUGGCCUGGUGUAGGCAUGGCCCUGCAGAGAGUGAAGGGCUGUGCCGUGGUGUGUAUGUGUAUGUGCGCACGCGUGCGGCCUAGUAUAGGCAUAGCCCCCUGCAGAGAGUGCUGUGCUGGUGUGUGUGUGUUGCAUGUGAUGGGGACCCAGGACCUGAAUCUGACCUGAAUUCAAGGUUUCUGAAGGGAAACCAGAUCGGGCUGUUUGGGCCUUGGCCUUGCAGUUCCAGUUCCUUCCCUGGCAGUAUUUCGUGGCCUGCCCCUUCUCAUGUUUAGGCCACAGCGCUAAAGAUAACCUGUGUCAUUGGUUGCCUUCCCGCGAUAUUUGUGGCUCAGGCUGAACUAUUUAUGCCUUAACACAUCUGUUGACAGGCGUGUUACCUAGGGUGCGCUUUGCCUGGUGUGCUCGGUGCACUGUCCUGCGUGUGUGUGUCGUGUC